AUAUGUGUGCGUAGCUCCUGUAGCUGUGUUAAACGGAUUAUUGGUUAGCUGGAGAGAUAAAAACAAUGCCUGUUAUAGGUUCAGCCCCUGCUCUAACCAGGCUGUCAUUCACCGCUCAUACUUACUGAGCUGCGGGAUGAAGAGCAGGAACCAGAAGUCCGUCAAAGCUGGAGGGAGCAAAAAGAAAGUUCCCAGUGAUGUGUCCCCCUCCACCAGCCUACCUCCUCUGGUUGAGGGUCAACUACGAUGCUUCUUGCGGGUGACUGUAAGCCGGGUGUUAUGGACAGUUCACAAACCUCCAUCUGCAACAUUCAUCCGGCUGCGCUGGUGGGGAGAGUCAUCAAAUGGGACUCACUUCUUACCAAGAGAUGGAUCACAGCUGUCACAGAAGACCAUAAAGACCACUGCUCGCUUCCCUAUCCGCUGUGGGCCCAAGCAAUUUACCUCCUAUCUUACAGAUAUGGGCUCUCUAGUGCUGGAGGUUCUGACAAAACCAGAUCAUUUGCCGAUUGCAAGGACCCAGGUUACCGGCAUCUCUCGUCUCUCUCUUUCACACCAUAUUAGUGGAUUUUACACCCUUGUUUCUCCCACAUCUGAGAAGCUUGGAGAGCUACAGGUUUCCCUCAGCUUGGAGUCUCUGACAGAAGCUUAUGACAGCAGCAGCUCAUGUCCCGCCACAGAUAUUAGCACUGAAGGACCGCAGGUCACCACACUGACAGUGCCACCACAACCCAGAUCACCUUCAGUUGGGAGCAGCGGUGGAAAUGCACCAAGAGGGAAAGACCACUUAUAUUUCCAAAAUGAGCAAAAAGACCAAGGCAAAGAACAGUCACUGGAGAAUCAGCUGCCAAGAACAAACAUGUUGCAGAACAGUCAAACAGCAGGGAAUCCUUCAAGUCAGGAUUCAACCCAAAAUAACAAUGAUAUCCUCUCAGUUAUUCUUGAGCGUGGAAACAAGCUGAGAAAUGCUGUGGUCGUAUCAGCUUUAAAAUGUGACACAGAUUCUGCCUCGGCUCUGAAGGACACACCUCUGCCUCUUCCAAAGGAUAACAUCCUGCCAACAACCAGCAGGCCCUCCCCUUCUCCCUCUGGGAUGUUUCUUCAAAAUAUACUGCAUGCUGAUUCAGCUCUGAAACACUCUGAGGAUGUUUUUGUAGUCAAAGACAGUGGCUUAGACUGUCCUGCUGCAAUUGAUAACAUAGCUGUAGAUCUGCUCCUUGGCAGUCUUAACACCUCUCCUGUGCCUCUUUUGGAUGGAGAUGGCUCCCCCCCUGAAUCUCUGUCUGACCACAGUAGCAUGAGUUGGGAUCAGAGCUUACUGGAAAAUUUGUUCUACAAAACUCCUAUUUCCGAUACAACACCAACUAAGCCUGAGGCAGGAAAUCCAGAAACAACAUCCUCUAGUCAAAAACAGCUGAAACAAUGUGAACCCAAGAUGAGCGGACGUCCAACUAUAGAGUCUCAGCGGUCUGAAGCUGCAGGUCUUCCCUCUGGUCAGAAAUCUUUACUGAGUUUGAUCCGGCUGGCAAAAGUGACCAUCGAGUCCCUGACCGUACCCUCAGAGGGCACUAAGAACACACCCAGAAAAGUUUCAAGUAAAGGAAAACCGCCUCGACCAUUAACCAGCAAGAAAUGCACAUAUUUCAUUGAAUAUACAUUCCCGAAGGCUUCCGCUUCCAGUCGACAUGAUCGUAGUAAAAGUGGAGAGGGAGAUGUUACAAGAGCUGUUGCCAGCAAAGUCUCUGGAGGAGUGGUGAUGUUCCACCAGCACGCUGUGUUUCCAGUUCACUGUAAUACAACAACUGUCAAACUAUGGUGGGAAACUGAUCUGAUUUUCAAGAUCUACUCGCGGAGGAGUGACCAAAAGAAACCUGCUCUCAUUGGUAAGGCAGUUCACCCUCUACACUGUCUACUGCAGAGUAAACAGCUCUGUCAGUCCAUCGUCUUACCUGUGCAGAGCGUGGCACCAAACAGUGAAAUACAGGAGGUUGGACCUCUCAAGGUGACACUCGAACUUGCAACAAACACCAAAGAAUUCUCCUCUGAAAAAAGUAAACGCAAGUUGGCUUGGAGAGACACAUCACCUUCACAAACUGCACCCAGUCCACAGAGAGAGAGCAACUCCAGAUCCAAACAUGCUGACAAAAGCAGGGACGACUUACAAGAUGGCCCUAUUGAAGAAUCAAGGCUAAAUCCUUGGAGCCCUCAGAAACCCUCGACAGAAUCCCUUUCUUAUCCUGGCCUCCACACAACGCAUAAAUCCCAUCAGUGGGUGGAGGAGGAUCCUGAGGUCCUAUUGCACACCUUACUCAUGGUACCGGAUGGAAAGACCUUUAACUGUGGGCUUGGGCAGGCUCCAAAUGUGUACUUGAACUGUAAACUGUUUUGGUGUGAUGAGACGGCGAGAUCUGUCAUCAGCUGGGGUCGGACCAAUCCGUCUUUUAAUUUUGUUCAGGUGACUCCUGUGGCCUUAACGUCUAAACUGCUGGAGCGGAUGAAGAACAAUGUGAUGGUGAUCGAGGUGUGGCAAAGGACAGGAAGCUCAGGGCAGGAUCGACUUCUCGGUCUUGUUAAAUUACCUCUUCACCAGUUCUACAUGUCAUUCAGGGAUCCAAAGAUUGCCCACCUUCUCCUCCAGGCACAGUACCCUGUUUUAGGGGUAGACUGCUACAUGCCGGUGGUCGAUGUGUUCUCAGGUAGCUGUAAAGGACAUCUUAGGGUUGUUUUGGCUCUUGGCCGAUCAGAGCAGAUAGUUGCCUUUCAGCGUACAAGGGAUGAAGAAUUCAACUCUUUACCUCAUCUUGUGAGGCCGGUUCAUCUGCUCGAUCAUCAGCCACAAUCUCAGACAAAGGUUAUUGCAUCACACAAGGAAUCUAUGAGAGAGCAUGUGUUUGUGAUAAGAGUGGAGAAGGUGACUGGGCUGACACCUCUGCAGUCCACAGUGUGGGGGGAGGCAGACUGCUAUGUCCAGUACAGUUUCCCCUGUCAGGAGGGAGAUGUUGCUACAAAAGGGGACCAGAACCUCAUAGAGACCAGCCUGAACCUGAGGGGGUUUCGCACCACCACGACUCUCUGCAUCCCUGACCCGGUGUUCAGCCACACUGAGACUCAUGUGCUUCUGGCUCCUGAUGGAGUUCCUGCUCAGAGGCUGCUGCUCAGCUCUCUUUCAAGCCAAGGCCUGAGCAGUGGAGGGGGGGUCCAGUUUGAAGUGUGGUGCAGAUAUUAUUAUCCAAAUGUUCGAGACCAGCUCGUGGCCAAAGGAUUACUUCCAUUAUCAAAGCUUUGUGCCAUGAUCACCAUGCAGAGGCAGCAUCCUGAUGAGGCUCAAAUGUUCUCCUUGCCCCUGAUUCCCAGGACAGAGAGUCCCAGUGGAUAUCAGCCUCAGCCUUCAGGCCUGCUGGAUGUGUGCGUUCGGUACAAGCACCGACCAGUGAGACCUGAAGGGCAGGCUGUUAGAGGAGCUGCUGCGCGUGCUGUUACACUCGUGGUUCAAGUCCACAGAGCAUCGGGUCUGCAGGCUGCAGCAAGGGUUUUAUCAGAACAAGAUGAGAGAUUCAGCUACUUUUCUGGAGUAGGAGUGAACUCAUACGUCACAGUCGAGCUCUCCUUCCUGUCUGAAAGUGAGAGGAGGUGCACUCGAGUAACUGCCAGGACAUUCUGCCCAGAGUUUGACCAUCACAUGGAGGUGUCCUGUGAUCUGCUGGUUCAGAGGAGCAGCGGAGAAACCUGCAGCCUGGCUGAGCAGCUGGAAGAAGCCUCUGCUGUCUUCACUGUGUGGAACAAAGACAGUCGCAAAGGAUUAGCAGUGCUCGAUCAUCGUCCAAAAGAUGUGAUGUUGGGAACAGUGAAAAUACCAUUGUCUGAUCUCAUCAGUAAAAGAACUGGUAUUUCUGGCUGGUUUGGAGUUUAUAUACCUCAGGAAACAAGAUCCUCUCACAAUCAGCACAUCUUGGUUGGGGGUCUCGAGAUUGCUAUUUUCUUCGCCCACCACUCGGACAGGGAGCGAGUCAUUCAAGCUGCUCAAGGUGUGGGCUGGGAAAUCCACCACAAUGAAAUUCAAGUGGAAGAGGAAGACUGGUGUGAAAGCACAGGAAAACUGUCAUUGUCUUUUUCAAUGCCUAGAGCAUGGAUCCCUGUCCACUGUUUACUUCUGCCAGGCCACACUGAGCUGCAGCGCUCCACCUAUUGCUACUUCAGGUACAAGUUCUACGACCAUGAAGCCUUUUGCUCCCAGAUGAAACACCCAUCUGUUGAAGAGGAAAGUCAGGCCAUAGUGACAUUCCAGGGAAGUAGAACAGUGGAGGUGAGGAGCACUCAGCCCUUGAUGUGGUAUCUUCGAGAGGAGAGGCUGGAGGUUCAGGUGUGGGUUGCCUUUAAGAAAGACAAAACCCAAAGGCCUAGGGAUACAGACCGCCUGGUGGGUUCAGCGUUUGUCGAUCUGUCCCCUCUGGCAAAGACUUCAAAGCAGAAGCUCACUCUCAGUGGAGUGUACCCGCUGUUUAGACGCUCAGCAGCUGAUCUACAAGGUGCUGCUCUCAGGGUUCAUGUUACCCUUACAGCAGGUUUUGAUCCAGUGGAGGUACCACCUGGAGCUGAAGCUGACACCCAGGUCAACUCAGAUAGCCAGGAGGAGCUUUUACCAGAAGAGGUGGAAGUAGCAGAGCGAACCCCUUCUCCUUCUACGCCCAAAACCUCCAGUAAGAGCAAACACAAGAAGAAAACCACCAGGACAACACCAGACAUUACGUCUGUGCAGCACACGGAAACAAGCCUGGAUGAAUCCUUCCCUGUGACUGUUACUGUGGACCGAGCCAUGCACCUGAAUCUGAAAGGCUGCCCUCUCACAGAGCGCAGUGGAGGGAUGCCGUGCUGCUGUGUUUCAUUCCUCACUGCAGAUUCUGAUGAACCAGCAUCAACAGCGGUAAUAGCUGACUCUGACUGCCCUGUGUGGGAGCAUCACCAUGAGUGCAGACUUUCAAAGCAGCUCCUGGUUGAUCCACAACAAUCCCUUGUAUUCAAAGUCUGGCACAAAGGAGAAACAGAGAGGGUGCUUGGAUUUGCCUCUGUGGACCUGUCCCCCUUAAUCUGUGGGUUCCAGUCGGUAUGUGGCUGGUACAACAUCACAGACUUCAGUGGCCAGUGUCACGGCCAGCUCAAAGUGUCAGUCACUCCACUGAGAGGGCUCCAAGACCUCCGAGGACUGAGAAAAACUGUGAAUGAAGAAGCUUCCACUAACUCAUCAGCUUUAUUCCAGGCCUUCCCUUUAACCUACCACACCACAGCCACCUACAGCAGCUUCCCUGCUCACAUCAGUCGAUACCCCGAGCAGAAGAUUUCAUCACCUGACCACACGGAAAGGCUGUUCUCUGAGAGAUCCAGUGAGAGUGACCGCCAUUUUGAACACAUGGACAAAGUGCGACUGUACCAUCAGAGUCUGCAGGAACAAACAGCCAAUACUUCUGUCUGUAGCACUAGUGCAGCUGACAUCAACCCCUCCAGCUCAUUCCUGUUCUCAGCACUCAGGAAAAAACUGAGUGAGCUGGACAACAUCCAGAGAUACUUCAGUCGCAAGCUCUCGACUCCCACAUUCCCACCCCUGAUUGAGCAGGAUGUUGGCAACAAGAAGGUGGAGGAGAGGGACACAGAGACGGACUCAUGUCAGCUUCUUCUCAGGUCCAACCAGUUAGUUGGAGAAGUCAACAGUAUCAUUAGUGGCCUUCGAGAAGAAAACCAUGAAAUGAUUCCUUCAAACCCACAAAGCAUCUCAACGACUUCCCCUGUUAGAGAAAACAACCUGCAAACUAUCCCUGAAACUGCCUCCAGUCCACGCAGAGAUUCAGAUUCCUCCCAAGAUGACGUGCUUCGUCUGUUAACACCUCUGCCAGAUCUCCCUGAAGCCAAUUCUGACUCUGAAUCUGAGGAAGAAAAGUAUGAGGCCGCUGUGUCUGAGGAUGAAAACAAAGAAGCAUCAGAUAAAGAUGAAGAAAGGACAGUGCUAAGAGAGGAGGAGGAAGUUGAUGGUAAUGUUGAAGACGAGGAUGACGGAGAUUACGAGGAGGUUGUUUUGAAGCCACGGCCUCUGAAUGAAAUGACCUCUUUAACUGACAAAACCAGUCCUUGGACCAGCGUCAUGUCCGACCCUGACCUGGUUUCUCUUCAAAGCUUGGAGGCAUCAGAGGAGACAAAUCUGAGCCAAGACGCCGAAGAGAACUGGCAGAUGAUUAAUCUGCAAACUCAUGACUGUGGCAGGGAACAAGAGUGUGCCAGUGGAGAGGAAAGAGAACUCAGUGAUGAAAGCUUUAAGGGAUCAGCAGGAGAUGUUUCAAACACAAACAGAGAUGAUGAGAAGAUGCCACAAAAUCUACAAGAGAGAGAAGAGCCCAGCAGCCCAGAUGAGGAGUCAUGUCCAUCACCCAUCACACGGCACACCACAGAUACCCACGAUGCUUCAGGCUCCAAGGACAAACAAGAUUCUCCACUCACACCCCUGGUCGAGGUCCCCAAUUUUUUCCUGCCCUCUCACCAACUAGAAGCAUCUAUGAGAACCAUACGAUUAGCCCCAUCUUUCUCCCUCUCAUCCAGUGACACAGCUAGAAGCACUUCAGGUCCCAGUAUGCCACAUCUUCGAGGUCCUCGACAUCGUCCCAACAUGUCGCCACAGUCCAUGAAGAAAGAGACCGAACGAAUAGCAAGAAUAUUUGCUGCUCACUUUGACAAGAAUCAGUAGUGACCAUUGUUUUGGUUUGUGAAACAUUCUCCAUCAGGCUUGCACUGGUAGAAUAAAACAACUAAAAAUUAUGUAAAUUAA